GUUCUUUUUCUUUGUAUUAAGAUCAGGCCUUUGUGACGCUGACUACAAACGAUGCCUAUGCCAAAGGUGCACUUGUCCUGGGCUCAUCCUUGAAGCAGCAAAGAACUACAAGGAGGAUGGUUGUACUCAUCACCCCACAGGUCUCAGACUCCAUGAGAAAAAUUUUAGAGACUGUCUUUGAUGAAGUCAUCAUGGUAGAUGUCUUGGACAGUGGCGAUUCUGCUCAUCUAACUUUAAUGAAGAGGCCUGAAUUGGGCAUCACACUGACAAAACUCCACUGCUGGUCACUUACUCAGUAUUCCAAAUGUGUGUUCAUGGAUGCAGACACUUUGGUCCUCUCAAAUAUUGAUGAUCUUUUUGAAAGAGAAGAAUUGUCAGCAGCACCAGAUCCAGGGUGGCCUGACUGUUUCAAUUCUGGAGUCUUUGUCUAUCAACCGUCAAUUGAAACAUACAACCAGCUGUUGCACCUUGCUUCCGAGCAAGGUAGUUUUGAUGUCUUAGGAGCUGGCUUAGUAGGUAAGAACCCUUGCAAUGCAAGCAUGAAGACCUGUGUUCGAGUUCCCAGCUCCCAUGUACAAGAUUGGUCUGUGAUUUCAGUGCUUGUGGUUGAAGGUGGGGACCAGGGCCUACUGAAUUCAUACUUCAGUGACUGGUCAACGACAGAUAUCAGGAAACACCUGCCAUUUGUGUAUAACCUGAGCAGCAUUUCAAUAUACUCCUACCUCCCGGCAUUUAAAGUGUUUGGUGCAAAUGCCAAGGUUGUGCACUUCCUGGGACAAAUCAAGCCAUGGAAUUAUACUUACAGUUCCCAAACAAAAAGUGUCAAAUAUGAAUCUCAAGACCCAAGUGUGAGUCACCCAGAGUUUCUAAACCUGUGGUGGGACAUCUUCACCACCAGCGUUUUACCCCUGCUCCAACACUAUGGCCUUGUCAAAGAUGCCUGCUCCUAUCUAAUGAUGCUUUCAGACUUGGUCUAUACACUGGCUUUCUCUUGUGGCUUCUGUAGAAAGGAGCAUGUCUCAGGAGCUUUGUCACACCUGUCCAUUGGGGAAACUCCAGCUACAACACAGCCUUCUAUGUCCUCAGAAGAAAGGAAGGAACGGUGGGAACAGGGCCAGGCUGAUUACAUGGGAGCAGAUUCUUUUGAUAACAUCAAGAGAAAACUUGACACUUACCUACAAUAGAAGCACUGCCAUUUCCCAGUGGACACACCCACGUCUUAGGCACAUUUCUGAUACUUAGUAUGUGAAGCUGGUUGAAAAGUCUGUUAUAGUUGUUAGAGGCUUUCAACAAAUCUCCUCAGAUGAAGGUUUGGGCAGGAUAAAAGGUGACAACUGGUCAGACAUUAUGAAGUAUAUGGAUAAGUGCUGUUUAAUCCUAGACUUUUUCAGGAAUUCUUUAAUUCUUCAGUUGCCCACAUGUAUGGUAAAGGAAAGCCAGCAUUAAGCUACUACGAUGGUUCUCCAAGUGGUGCAGAACUUGACUGUCCAUCUGUCUCAUUUCAAACAAGAUAUGACACUGUCCCAUAUUUGCUAGCUGUUCCCUUCAUUAGACCUGCAGUUCAGAGUUGCCCAAAGCCUGUCAGAGGGUCAAUUCUAUUUCCAGGCUAAAGCAGCCUUUAUUAACACUGUGGAGUGAUUAAUAAGCCUACCAGCUACUGUUAGUUCACCAGUUUUCUAUGCACCAUGAAGGCAGCAUGCAGGUUCACUUUUUUUUUUCCAGUUCUGUCUACUUGAAAAUUGCAGUGUGCUCUCUGAUGGUUACCUAUGGUGGCAUUAUAUAAAAUAAAGACUUAUUGACAUA